CGGCCGCAAUCUCUCUUCUUUUACGGUCAGUUCCAGCCCCAUUGCUGCAUGGGAGCUUCUAUUAAGUUUUGCUCCCAGUCCAGUCAACUUUCAACACGCCUUCCCUACGAGGUAAACGGAUUGCAAGUGCCUGGCCAGACCAGAAGCCGUCCACUUGAUCGUUCAAGCCAAGACGAAACCUGCCAUGCAAACGCGAUAAAUAACGUCUCGAGCCAUGGACAAUCCCUCGCCCGCCUCUUCCUCUGCCAGCACUGCCAUAACCAGCUUCUCCCCAGGCCCUGAGAGAAACCACAACGAGGCAGACUCUCCGAAGUACACCACGGCGGGUACCAUCUACAAUCCCAAGGCAGUUCAGCCCAUCAAACCUCCCACUCGCCUCCGCCGUGCCUUCAAGUGGCCUCCCGACCCGCCCGGUCCUAGUCCUGGCACCAUGGAACGGUCCCUCUUCCCCAAGUCAGCCCUUGAAGCUUUGUCGCUGCAGGAGAUGCUUUCACCUUAUGAUCAAGCCGACUUCGACAGCGCCCCAGCCCGUGCCAUGCCGGUAUAUAAUCCUCUGCAGCAGAACCAAGACCGUGCCGUGACCCCGCCUCAUGCUAAGAAGGAUAUUGAGACGCCUGACCGCAUUGGCAUGUCUGCCCCGCGGUCUCAGUCCCGGAGCCUGCACUCCUCUCAGUCUCAGCCUAGCCCAGGUAUGAUGACGCCGGCUGUUAACGGGAACGAAGUCGACGAGGCCAGCCAGCAAGACUGUGCCGCUGAAGAAGACGGUGACUUGUCUUCCAAUGGCAGCCCCUUCGAGCAUGCUCUCGGUCGCCUAACUGUCAAGUCUCUUCAUAACCUGGCUUCAUACCCGAAUCCGAACCAGAAGAGGGCUCUGAAACUGCUGCAACCUAGGCCACGCCUCUCCCACUCGGAACCCGUCAAUGCUGUAAACAACAGUCGUUUCAGUAUCGCUUCCGUUGCUCCCCAGACCCCUGGACAUUUGGAUACAGCCGGGAGAGGCAGACAAUCCCGUUCACCGGCAGAGACUCGCUCGAGUCGUUUUAGCAAUGCACCCCCUCGUGAGCCGAAAAACCGCGACACGUUUCCUUCCUCGCGGGCUCAUUAUCUUAACCAUAACCGCCAGGCCUUCGGGGAGCCAACUGGGGAAGCUGUCAACGUUACCAACAUCUGUGGAGGCUACAAGUCGACUUUGGCAACCGGCCCCGGCGCCCCGCUCCCUCUAACUGCAGGCCCCCCUGGCCAUCGCCAAUACAACCCUUCGACUUUUGACUCGGCACUUCGUGCCCUUCAUAGCCGCGGCCGUCGUGGGCUUGUCGUUUCCGAGAACGACGCUGCGGCUGUCGAAUUCAGGGCUCUGGUUGACAGCAAUACCAGGCAUCAUGAGACAAGAUCGCCGUCCGUCGUCGCUCUUCGGCAUUGUCCCAUUAUGGAGUUGGCUGUAUCUGGUGGUGCUGGGGAGCCGCCCGUCUUCCAACCGGAUCGACCUCUCACCUACGAGUCUUCUCUCGCUGAAUUACGGGCCACAUCGUUUCCCGAGGUUUCGUCCCGUCAUACUUCGCCGGUCGUGGGUCGGCUGCAGUCCGUUCUCCACGCCAUCCACACCGGAGACGACGUUGUGGACACCAAGUUUCCGGAGGAGGUCAGGAAAUAUUAUCCCUACGGGAUGCCCAAUAUGCACGAGCCCAUCACCGUAUCCGAAGAGUGGGCGACGCAUUAUCCACUGCUUGAACGUCGGCAGCACGUGGUGGGUUCGUUCGCUAAGACUUGCGAAGCACUCGAAAACCUCGAAAACCGCAACAGAAAGGUUUAUCACCAGUUCCAUGCGGCCGCCGACGACUUUCCCGACUCCAUGGAUGUCGUGAUUCAACAGGCCCACAAUCGCCGUCUCCAGCGUAGCGUCGGUGUCGUCGGUGUCAUCGGUGACCGGCGACGAAGCAACGCCAGGGUGGCGUGCGACCCCCUCGAGGUCGAGCAAGUCAACAAUAUGCCUUUGUACGAGGCUGCCGGACCCCUUUUGCCCAUGGUCUUCGCUACGCUGCUGCAUAACUUGGACUACGGAAGUGACCUUGACACUUACUGCCCGUGGCAGAAGCCCCCUGAGGAUGCAGUGGACCCAUCAUGCCAGGGAACAUUCUUUGGAAAAUCGACAGCCUUGGCUGGAUAA